AGGACGCUGCUUUCACAGAGGGGUGACCGCUCCACGCUAAAUACAAAUUAGAAAAAUACAAAAGCUCUCCCACACUAAAUCCGCUUAGACCGCCAGCCUGUCCCCCGGGUCACGGGGACAGAGCGGAACUGUCUUUUGCAACCCGCCGCCUCGCCGGGACGUUCAGCACAUUUGCAGUGAAACUGCCCGGGAUUCCCACACGAUGCCGAGCGUGGUAGAAAGCCGAAUUGUAUCCUAGAUUGGGAAGGUCGUGUUUUAAUUUGAGAACUAUUGUAAAUAUUCCGAAACCUGUUUAAAUCUCUUGUUUAAAAAAACAAUGAAAACCAGUGGGGGGCUAAGAACAGCAGGAAAAUGUUGCCUUUCAAAGUCCUUUUUGAAAUGCAUUCAAUGCGUUAAAGCUAGAAACACAGCAACUGGUUUACAUAUUACAAAGUCAUGGUGAUGAAUAUGUUUAAUUUAUUGACUCUGAGAUAACCAGCUCAAUCUGUGCUCUUGCAAAUCACCCUUAGGAAUUUAGAAGACGAUUUAUGAUUAGCUCAAGGCCUCGAGCGCCGGCCAUUUCAGCGGAAGAAACAGCUUAGUUACAAAACGUUAUUGGUAAGAGUGUGAGUGAACUGAGUGUGAGGAAUUAGAGUAUGAGUUGUCAGAGUGUGAAGGCACUGAGUGUGAGGGGUCAGUGUGAGAGGGGGCAGAGCAUGUGGAGUCAGAGUGAGUUGUCAGAAUGUGUGUUUUAAGAGUGUGAGUUAUCAGAGUUUGAGUGAACAGAGUGUCAGGGGUCUUCUUCUUGCGUAUGGCAGGCACAGCCUAAAGUUGUAGGACAACUUGUUUUAUUUGAUUGCCUUCGUCGAAACAGGGCCGAUCACGUAAAGGUUGCAAUCUUCCAGUGCGAGGGGAGAGAGUGUGAAAGGACAAAUUGUGAGGGGUCAGCUUGAGUGGUGAAAAUGUAAUGGGGUUAGAGUAUUUGGUUAGAAUGAGGUCAGUACAGUGAGGGGGUCAAAGGAUAAGAGUGUGAGUAGUGUAACAGAAGAGCAGGAAUGUUUUGCCUUUCAAAGUCCUGUUUUAAAUGCAUUCAGAUUCGGAUUGAAUCUUUAUUGUCAUUGUGCGGUGUACAGUACAGAGACAACGAAAUGCAGCUAGCAUCUCACCCAGAAGAGCGAACACAGAAUAAUGGAACAUUAAUAUAUAUAUGUACAUACAGUAGCAGUAGUGCAAUUUUUCUGGGGGAAGGAGUGUCCGGGUGCAGUGACUGGCAAUCACCAAGGUGCAGAGUUAGAUUGUGUAACAGCCGCAGGGUAGAAGCUGUUCCUGAACCUGCCAGUCCGGCAAUGGAGAGACCUGUAGCGUCUUAAAGCUAGAAACACAGCAACUAGCUUACAUAUUGCAAAGUCAUGGUGAUAAAUAUAUGUUUAAGCAAUUGUCUUGGGGAUAACCAACGGUACUACCCACUCUCCACAGCACAGGCAAAACAUCUGAGUAUCUCAGAUAAUCUUGAGAUUAUUUUUAGGCAAAUGCUUUUUCCUGACUGUGCUCUUGCAAAUUACCCGUAGGGUUUUGUAAGGACAGAAGACGAUUUAUGAUUGUCUCAAGGUCCCUAGGCCUGGCCAUUUCAGCGAAAGACGCAGCUUAGUUACAAAAUCUUCUUGGUUUAAAUAAACGUAAUUAAAACAAACGCUUAAAAUCUUCUAAUCUCUUUGCUAAUAACUACAAUCUUCCCAAAACUAUCAAGAUUUCAAAAAUGCAUUUCCCCUUCCAUUCUCUGCAUUCGGCGAGUUCAACAUUCCACAUCCCUUCCUGUAAUUUCCCAAUUUGCAUAUCGAGUCUCUUCUGCUGUCAUAAACCAAACUGCUGGAGGAACUCAACGGUCAGGUAGUAUCCGUGGGGAGGGUUGGGGAAAUAGAGGUGUGUUGUUUGAAUUCCUCCAGCAAUUGGUUUUUAACUUGGGAUUCCUACAUUUAGUCUCUUGAAAUUCCUCUGCUGUUUCAUAUUUAUUUUGGGGUGUGACUUUCCUGACAAGACCCUCCAGGGCAUUUCGGAAGACAGUCAUAGAGAGGCAUGAGGGGAUGAGGACAGCAAUUUUCCUUCCUUGGACAAGGCUUCCAGAUGGAUCCUUGCUAGGAUCAGGUGGCAUUAUGAUCACCACUGUUGAAAUUGGCUUUUUAACCCAAUUUAAUUUCGACUCGCAUGGUAUGCAACAGGCGUUUUGCCCUAUUAAACCCACCAAACAGCAAGCACACAUUUACAGUUAUGCUACACUAAUCCAAUUUUUCCUCCCAGCACAUCUUUAAGAGGAAGGGGAAUUAUCUUUCCAGUGCCUUGUGGGCCUGCUGUACGAAAUCCAUGUGUUGGAGCCAACGAGAAGAGUGUGGAUCAGUCUGCUAGAUUGAGAACUCUGGAAACAUUGGAAGCAGUGUGUGGACAAUGGACCAGACCAUGAAAGAACUUACUCCCAUCCCUGUCGUUAUAAUCGGGAAUGGUCCUUCAGCCAUUUGUCUGUCAUACUUCCUAUCAGGAUAUAGACCUUACUUCAAGGAAUCUUCAGUCCAUCCCAAUCCUAUUCUUCAACGGAAAUUGGAGGCAAAUCGGGGGAAAUCCAUUGUAAAUCAGGACCUGCAGUUCCUGUCUGAGGGAUUGGAAGGCCGUUCACACAGCCCGGUUGGCAUCCUGUUUGAUUCUCUUCUUCGUCCUGAUGCUGAUUUGGGUGUAUCUGUGGAUUCAGUGCUCAGCUGGAGGCUUGAACCUGACCAAUAUAUUCCUCACCUGGCUCUGGGCAAAGGACCACUGGGAGGAGUUUGGCACUCUAUAGAGGGUUCCGUCUUCACCCUCAGCCUUGGGGACUGGAUGGAGCUGCCCGACCUCCCUUUCAGGGACUGGAUGAGGGACAAGAGAAGGUGCCUACGGAACGACAGAGCCACAACGGCGGACAUUGCCCAGUACUACCAGCACUACGUCCAUGCUAAAGGGCUGGAGGGCAACUUCGUGUGCGGGACCGUUGUCACCUCGGUGAGGCGGUUCAGUGGGCCUUCUGACCGGGAAGAGGAGCCAUGCAUGGCCCAAGCGGCCGGAGCUCAAACCGCCGACACCUCCACUCGCACCGGCCUGUUCGAGGUGUCCGGUUAUAGUCAAAUGAAGGAUGGCUCGAAAGAGACCUUCUGCAUCUAUGCGGAAAACAUUGUCCUGGCCACGGGCACUUACGAUAGCCCCGCUCGACUUGGUGUGGACGGAGAAGAUCUUCCAUUCAUUUACCACACGACUUCGGACGUGGAAACGGCCAUCAGCGAGCAUCAAAGGGGAAUGAGCAGUGACCCUAUUUUGGUAGUGGGGGCUGGUCUGACUGCUGCCGAUGCUAUCAUCGCCGCUCGCCACAGCAAUGCCCCAGUGGUCCAUGUGUUCCGCAGGGAGGUGAAUGACCCAUCUCUGAUCUUCAACCAACUCCCCAAAGUGAUGUAUCCGGAAUACCACAAGGUUCAUCAGAUGAUGAUACGGCAGGUCUGUAUCAGCACCGGCCCGUACGACGACUACCUCAGCCUUCCGAGGCACCAGGUGAUCGGUUUCACCCCCGACAGCAAGUGCAUCCUUCGGGACUUGGAGUCGAGAGAAAACAGGAUAGUCAACUUCUCCACAGCCCUCGUCCUGAUUGGUUCAGACCCCAACCUGACGUUCCUGCCUGACUGUGGAAGGUCGCUGGCAGUCAAUGUGGGGAUGCCAGUGCACGCCAAACGCAACCCCAUCGAGGUGGACUGCUACACGUACCAGUGCGUGCAGGAGAGUGGCGUCUAUGCCCUCGGGCCGCUGGUGGCCGACAACUUUGUCCGCUUCCUGCAAGGAGGUGCUCUGGCCGUCAUCAGUGCUCUGCUCAAGGACCGGGCCGAUGCCUAAAGUCCAAUCCAGAGCCAGCCUUCAAGCAGCCGAACACUCAAACUUAACAUUAACAUGGUGGUUGAAGGCCAGCGAGGGGUCUCCUUUGGGAUCCCGCCUUCAUUUUGCGCCACUGAGUGAUGCAAAUGAAUCCCUCCUUCAUUUUGGUUACACUGAGUGACACGAGGUGCGAAGGGCAGCUCACCGGCAAAAAAUGUACUUUGUGGGGAAAAGCACAGGCGCCUGUCAACCAAAGUGAAGUGGGUGAUAUAAACACAAUGAUAAGUGGUGUGUACCUGGUUUAAAGCCUAUUGUCUGAGAAGAUCUGUCACAAUUUUCCCACUCACCAGCACACGUUAGAUAAGCUCAAGCAAGGGAUAGGGACCUCUCUCGACAUAGCUUUUGUGUGUGUCAGCGAACCAGACAGAAAUUCUGUGAAUCCAGAUUUCCUGGAAAAACACGUUCAGGCCCGUAUUUAUUCCAGGAAAGCCCACUUGGACUCUGGGACCAUGCAGAUUCAUUGGGAACCACAAAUUGAGGGCCAGGCACUUAAUCAGCCCCCCCUGACAAUUCCAGGCAGACGCUGCUUUGUAAAGUUUCUGUGUUGGCGGACAGUCCAGGCCAACAGAGUAAAGUGCCUGUGUGAGUGAAGGUCUUGGUCAUGGGACCAUGGAGUACAGAAACGGGCCCUUCGGCCCACCACAUCCACAUUAAAGCAUCUGAUUCCAUUUGCCAGCACCCGGUCCACUGCUCUCUAUGUUUGACAGAUUCAAGUGUUCGUCAUGUACCUCAUGUUAGAGUCUCUGCCUCCACUACCCCUCGGGCAGUGUAUUCCACAAUCUAACCACCUCCCUGGGAAAAGAUCCUCUCAAAGCCUCUUUCCCUAACAUUCAGGAACAUUUGCCUAUAGUUUUAUACAUCUCUGCAAUGGGGAAUUGUCUUUCCUACUAUCUCUAUCACACCCUCAUUCAAGCCUACUCGGAUUAAUAAUUCAGCCUGACAGUUAGUUCUACAUGUAGACAGAGGUUGAUAGAUGGUUGUCUUAAAGCUUCAGUUAUCUCUCCCAGUGUGGGCCAAUGUUGCAAUUAAUCUCAGGGUAUACGGCAAUUUCUCUACUGAACAUAAUUUAUUUUCUACCUGUAUAUCUAAAGUUUGUAAAGACUGACAUUGUUCUAAUAAAGUAAUAUGUUU